AUGGAAAGAAUAAAUAGAAUGGUCAUAGAUGAUUGUUUCUUAAUAAAUAAUACCAUUAAUAACGAAAACGACAGUGAACCAUCUGAGUAUUCUGAAGAAGGAGAUGCCAGCUCUAUUGGCUCUGAAGGAAUGAACAAGCCAUCUUCUAUAUCAGGCAAGGAGAAUGAAACUUCUAUUAAUUCUGAAAUAAAAGACAUGUUAUCUCAUACUUGUGACAGGCACAGUAUAAAAGAUAAUGAAAUUCCAAGUAUUUUACCCAUAGAUGAAAAUCGGGAUACAAUAACAUCCUCCAUUGAAGAUCGUGGCCAAGAAAUAAAGCAGAACAUUGCUAGACGUGAAAAAAAAAGAGAAUAUAUAAGGUUGGAGCCCUAUUUAAUGUUUACUAAUUUCUGUUAUAAUACUGCUCUGCCAUUCAUCUAUCUAAUAGUAAAUUCCAUAACUCUCGGUCUAGUUGUUUACAUAUAUAUGUCUCUAACAUAUGGUGUGGCGGGUGAGAUAGGAAAAGAAAAGGAUAUUCGGUAUAUAAUUAACAUAGGAAUUUACCACUUAGUAGAUCUUCUCUUUCCAUGGGGAUUAUUUGUCUACAUCCUUAGUAUAUUUUCACUCAGCAGCAUAAAGAAGGAUGUUUCUACUGCGCAAGUUAUAUUCGGUAUAUUGCUAGAAACCGCUGUGCUAUUAAUAAUGGUAAUUAUGGGAUAUAUGGGCAGUUAUGCGGGUUGUAUUUAUAGUAUAAAAGAGAAAAUUCUGACAUUCAUUUCACUCCGCAUUUUUCAUAUGUUGAUUGUCCUGCUAGAUUCAAGCAGAAACUGGCUUGGCACACUGGCUCCACCAAAAUCGAAUUAUUUAUUUGGACUAUUUAAAAACUCUAUGUUCACUUAUGUGUUCAUUAUAACAGAUAUUUCUUUUAGUAUACUAAGCUUAAUAGCAUGGUACAACAUAGACAACUGGGUGGAUAUGGCAAAUCCAAUCACUUUCUAUAAAAAUCCAUCUGUACUUCCUAGUACGGGGUAG